UGAAGGAAAGCAUUACAUAAAGUUCUCACCUUUACCGAAACCUGUAAAUCCCAGAACUCGGAGAGGGCCAGCGAUGGCGUCGAAGCAAGAGUACGGCAUCCCUGUGCCGUACGCCCCUCUUCCUCCGUCACCCACUACCCAAACCGUCGUCGUUUUGACCCCUUACUUCCGCCAUCGCCGACCUUCCUUCCUCCGCCAUCUCCGGUGCUGCUUCCUCUUCUCCGCCGCGAUCCUCCUCCUCUCCGCCGCCGUCUUCUUCCUCUUCCCUUCCGACCCCGACAUCAGUCUCUCCCGUAUCAGACUCAACCAUAUCCGCGUCCGAGAUUCCCCGAAAGUCGCCUUCGAUCUCUCCUUCUCUCUCACCAUCAAGGUCCGAAACCGCGAUUUCUUCUCCCUGGACUACGAUUCUCUCGUCGUUUCUGUCGGGUACAGAGAUAGGGAGCUAGGGCUCGUGAAAUCCCGUGGCGGCCAUCUCCGAGCUCGUGACAGCUCUUACAUAGACGCGACGCUUGAUCUGGACGGCCUCGAGGUUGUUCACGACGUGAUUUACUUGAUCAGGGAUCUGGCUAAGGGCGUGAUCCCUUUUGAUACAAUCGCUUGGAUCAAAGGAGAUUUGGGUCUCCUCUUCUUCCGGGUUCCAAUUCAGGGGAAAGUGUCGUGUGAGGUUUAUGUCAAUGUCAACAGCCAGACAAUCUCCCACCAAGAUUGCCGCCCCGAGGUAAAAGCCCGUUCCUUCAUUUCAGCAUGAGAGAUCAUGUCGGAACCUGAUCCAACGUUACGAUUUCGUUGCACCCUGACUGUGAUUUCUAGCAUUACAGUCAGACAGUAGAGCCUCGGCCCUGUUUAGGGUAUCGUUCCUGUUUUACGGAUCUCGUGAUUGCACCCAUAAAAUGGGGUGGAUGAACAAACAAUCUAGGAAGCAUAGAUGGGUAAGAUUAGUGAUGGAAGUUGCCCUUAGCAGCCAAAGGGAUGCGACUUUAAUGUUGGGAAGUGAUUCGAUUCCGGGCAAAUUCGGAGGAUACCUUCCGGUAAUCACAACACCGGAAUGCAUGAAAGGACUAGAAGAGUUGUGGAUUUGUGAUUUCUUCCUCCAUGAAUCUACAGAGGUGGACAGGUUUUCAGAUAAAUCCACCUACAAUGGAUAGGUCAUUUCCCGAUCUUUCCCCUGAGUUUAACGCCGAGGACUCUCUCCAUCUUCGCGAGCACUGCCUGGUUCGGCACGGCCUUACCGUUCUCG